CUACAGGCUAGACAGUAGCUAGUGGUUGCAGCUAAAUUUAGUACAGCAAAACGGAAAGGUUGUUGAUGGAAAGCAACGCAUGUGUUAGAUAUAGAAAUAUAAAGCAAUCGGCUAGCGACAUACAAUUAACGUGGCUGGCACAUUUUUAAAGUUAAUAAAGUAGAUUUUCUUUCGAAUCGGAGUUGUAAAACAGAUAAGGAAUACCAACAUGACAAAGGAUGAUGAGAAAGUAACUCCGGUGCGCGUGGCCCUAAGAUGCCGGCCACUGGUUCCCAAGGAAAUCAAUGAGGGAUGUCAGCGUUGCCUUACCUUUGUGCCUGGUGAAGCGCAGGUGAUCGUUGGCAAGGACAAGGCUUUCACAUACGACUAUGUUUUUGAUCCGACAACUGAGCAAGAGGAAGUGUUCAACACUGCUGUUUUAUCGCUGGUGUCUGGACUUUUCAAAGGGUACAAUGCCACUGUGCUGGCAUAUGGUCAGACAGGCUCUGGGAAGACAUUUUCCAUGGGCGGAACCUAUACGUCUUCACAAGAGCAUGACCCCUCUGUCGGAGUCAUCCCAAGAGUCAUCAAAAGGAUCUUCAGUCAGACAGAUGAUGAAAUGACACUCACUGUGUCCUACCUGGAGAUUUAUAAUGAGGAUAUCCUGGACCUGCUCUGUGGCAACAAAGACAAACCAAGCAUCAGCAUCCGGGAGGACCCUAAAGAGGGCAUUAAGAUCGUGGGUCUGGAGGAGAGGACUGUGGUCAGUGCCUCAGAGAUGGUGGGCUGUCUGGAGCUGGGGAAUUCGGCUCGGACCGUGGGCUCCACUGCCAUGAACUCCGCCUCGUCCCGAUCCCACGCCAUCUUCACCGUCACGCUGGAGCAGCGCCGGGGCAGCGACCGGAGCGACACCGUGGUCUCCAAGCUGCACCUGGUGGACCUGGCGGGCUCCGAGCGACAGAAGAAGACCAAGGCCGAGGGUGAUCGGCUGAAAGAAGGAAUCAGCAUUAACCGAGGCCUCCUGUCUCUGGGGAACGUGAUCAGCGCCUUGGGAGAUGAGACGAAGAGGGGCACCUUCGUGCCUUACAGGGACUCCAAGCUCACACGUUUGCUGCAAGAUUCUUUGGGCGGUAACAGCCACACCCUGAUGAUUGCGUGCGUGAGCCCGGCAGACUCCAACAUGGAGGAGACCCUCAACACGCUGCGCUACGCCGACCGCGCGCGCAAAAUCAAAAACAAGCCCAUCAUCAACGUGGACCCUCGCGCUGCCGAGCUGCAGAAACUCAAACAGCAGGUCCAGGAGCUACAAGUGAUGCUGCUGCAUGCUCGUGGAGGGGUUGCCCCAGUGCUUUCUGGGUCUGAGCCUCUGGGAAACAUGUCGGAGGUCCUGGAGAAGAACUCCUGCCUGCAGGAGGAGAACGCCAAGCUGAGCCGCGAGCUGAGCGAGUCGGUGGGCCAGACUGCCCAAAUGUUCGAGAGGGUCCUCACGACUGAACAAGCCAAUGAUAAUCUGCAGAGCAAACUGGAGGAACUGAAGCGGCACGCUGCUUGUAAGGUUGACUUGCAGAGGGUAGUAGAGAACCUGGAGGACCAGGAGCUGAAAGAGAACGUGGAGGUCAUCCGGAAUCUGCAGCAGGUCAUCGUGCAGCUGCAGGAUGAAAGUGCAGGAAUCGCAGCGAGCAUCGAGGCCAUGCCCUCAGAGGACGCCAACCUGGAUAAGGAGGGCGAGCCGAGGCCCAGGCAGGAUGCAUCAGGGGCCCCCAGUGCAAAGGUGGCCGACAAGACCACCAUGUUCUUCACUACCCAGCAUGCUCUGCAUCAGGCACAGAUGUCCAAAGAGCUGCUAGAGCUAAAUGAAGCUUUGGCCUUGAAGGAGGCCUUCGUCAAGAAGAUGUGCCUGAGUGACCACCAGCUGGAGCCCAUCCAGAUCAAAUACCAGGAGAGCAUGAAGGGCCUUCAGACCGCUGUGGGCUCUCUGCAGAAGGAGAAGGACGAGCUCAUCCUGGACCUUCACUCCACCAAGAAGGAUGUCACCCAAACCAAGCUCAGUGACCAGCGCAGGCUGAGGCUCCAGGAGCUGGAGGGGCAGAUUGCCGAGCUGAAGAAGCAGCUUCUGGAGCAGGCCAAGCUGCUGAAGCUGAAGGAGUCCUCCGUGCGCAACGUUGCCAAGCUCAACCAGGAGAUCCAGGCCAUGAAGUCACAGAGGGCACAGCUGAUGAAGCAGAUGAAGGAGGACACCGACAAGUUCCGUCUGUGGAAACACAAGAAGGAGAGAGAGGUCCUCCAGCUCAAGGAAAAGGACCGCAAGAGGAACUACGAAAUGCUGAAGCUGGAGAGGGACUUCAGGAAGCAGGCCAAUGUUUUACGCCGCAAAACGGAGGAGGCCGCCGCGGCAAACAAGCGACUAAAGGAUGCCCUGCUGAGGAGAAACGAGGCGGUGGAGAAACGAAAGGAGGUGGAGAACCGAGGAAUGGAAGGGGCUGCAGGGAGAGUCAAGGGCUGGCUCCUGAACGAGGUGGAGGUGCUGGUGAGCACAGAGGAGGCGCGCCGCCACCUGCACGACCUGCUGGAGGACCGGAAGAUCCUGGCGGAGGAGAUCUCCCAGCUCAGAGGCAAAAUGGAGGCCGGGGAGCAGCCGGCCGCUAAAGUCCGACGCCGCACCUACACCAUCUCAGAGCUGGAGGCCCUGGAGGAAGCGGAGGAGGAGGUCCCUCUGGGGAAGCAGGUGAAGAACCUGGAGAUGGAGAUGGAGCUCAGGAGUGCCCAGAUCACAGACCUGCAGCAGAAGGUGCUGGACGCGGAGGGCGAGGAGCGCGUGAAGCAGCGCUGGGACACCGUCAGCUCCAUCAUGGAGGCCAAGUGCGCCCUGAAGUUCCUCAUGUCCGAGCUGGUGUCAGCCAAGCUCCAGAGCACUCGGCAGGAGAGCGAGCUCAAACAGGAGCGGGCCAACUACUGCGACCUGCAGAGGACGCUGUACGACGAGAGGAAGCUCACCUCCAGCAUGGAGGUGGAGCACCAGCGCCACCUGGUGGACAUGGAGCAGACGCACCAGGAGAAGGUUCUGUAUCUCCUCAGCCAGCUGCAGGGUAAACCGGCUGCACUGGAGGAGGGCGUGGAGGAGGGGGAGCGAGAGAGCUCCACCAGAGAGCAGGAGCUACUGCAGCGUUUAAAGUUCCAGGAGGAAGAGAUUGCGAAGAUGAAGGAGCUCAGUGAGCAGAAUCAGAGGCUGUUGACAGAAAAUGGCUGGUACAGACAGAAACUUACCUUCCUCCAGGUGACCACUGGGAAGAAAAUGAAAAGCCUGUUUGUGGAACCAGGCCAGUCCCCCGACUCCUCCUUUGAGUUUGUCCCUCCUACGCCUCCGGUGAAGCCCAAGGGCCGCUGUUUGGGUAAAACCAGAGUGCCCGUUCUGGCCCACUCCGCCGACCUCGAUGUACUGGUGUCCCCCUCCGACUCCGACCAGGAAGAGGAGAUGGGCCGGGGGGUCCCCAAAAAGAAGAGGGGGCUCCAGUCCCUGCAGAAAAACACCUCGAUAACCGGGUGUGCUUGUAACGGUCGCUGCGGCAACAAGCUUUGCUGUUGUCGCUCUGGCAAGCUGGCGUGUGGGGAGGACUGCCAGUGCGAGCACAGGAACUGCCGCGGCUCGGAGACCCUGACGUACAUCGCCGACCCCACGGAAAUGGAAGAGGUGCUCCCCCCAGAAGACCCCACAGCUCUGGGUGCAGGGGACUGCAGCUUCUUCAAGCCGCCCUGUGUCACGCCCACCAUAAAGGUGCUGAAGGAAAUCGGAGAUAUCGGCCAGUUCCAGCUCCAGAAGCUGGAGAAAAGGCCAGCCACAGUGCAGGAGGAGGAUGAGGAGGAGGAGGAGGAGGAUGAAGACGAGUGGAGCUCUAGCAGUCUCCUGAGGAAGAAGAGGCGGGUUCUGACCUACCAAAACAGCUUCUUCUCCGCCUGCACGCCCAUCCGAGAGGAGGUGUGACGUCCCAGCGCCACACCUGGUUUAGCCAAUCAGGGCCCUGCGUGUCUCACCGUCAGAUUUGGUUUCUUCACGUGACAUUACUGUUCUGUCCUUUUACAUGUCGGGAAAAUAUGUUUCCAUAACAACUGUAAUAUAGAUGUCUCUCUUUUAACCUAAUAACACUGAACCAUUUAGAGUACACAAGCUAUAGUGUACUGUAGCUAGGAUUAUGGUGAUAAACUAAGAGUAACACUUAAAAAAUACUCUAAUUAAUGGAUUAUGGGACGUUAAAUGUAUAUAGACACUACUGUGUAAAUAUGUUUUUGUUUAUUUUUGUUGAUUACAAUCUUUCAGGGUUUAAUGUUUAGUUUUUAUUCUGUGUAGGAUCAUAAUAAAAUGUGAACUGGUUCAAUAAAAAGUCUAAUAUUCAGAACAAAGGCAUCAGUUCAAAUUCACAUAGUUUUCAAAUUAAUGUAACUUUUUAUUUCAAGAUUCCCCUCUAGUAUUGAGCAUUAGGACCCCACCCAGUUAUCUACAUAUCACCUAUUUUUUUUUUGAAUUAUAAUAAUAAAUUGUAUUUAUUUAAGGCUUUUCAUCCUACAGCGAUGGUCUCAGUGAUUUACAGAAGGUGACGAUAAAAAAAAGUGCAAAACAGUGCAGUAAUAUAAAAUCAAAAUAUCAAAUGCAUUUAUGAAGAUCUGCACAGCCUAAAUAAAUGUGGUUUUCAAUGGCCUACAUCCAGUUCUGUCCCAUAGGUUUUGCUGGCUGUGUUUCUGUUACUACCACAGCCUCUCCCAGUUGUAAGAUGACCCAUGUGGCUAACUAAACUCUUUAAAUUACUUUUUAAUUUAAACAUGUUAUUAAUAAACCUUAACAGAAUGGAUGAUACUGAAUUUCCUUCUCGGAGUUGUCUUUUAAAGGCUCUCUCAUUAAGCAUUCUUACACCUGCACUAAGCAUUAGGCCUAUUCAACCAGAGUCUACGCACAUAUUGUACCAAUACCUGAUGACAGUACAUGUUGUAUGCUGAACACAAAUUUACCUGACAACAGUCGGAAAGAUGGAAAUUCAAAAUACAAUACCGACUGCACUGUACUUUCUUUUUUGCCAUUGUUGUGAGUGUUAACUCAUACAUUUUCAAACUGUUUUUAUUCUGUAAUUAAUUCAAUGACUUCAACUGUUGAAUGUCACUAUGAAUUGUCAAUUAAUUAGAAUAAUUGUGAUAUGAUUGAACAAUGUUAUUAAAUACGCAUUUUUACUUUUA